AUGCGCAAUUACGUGAGAAAAACUGAACGAAUGGUAUGCAGCCCCGAGCUGCUGGAACAAGCUCAACAGAGAGUGGCAAAUGGAGAAUCCAAACUAUCUGUUGCCAAAAGUAUGGGUAUCACGGAGACUGCCCUACGGAAGCGACUUAAAAAGGGAUUCGGGGCCGAACAACUCGGUCGGUUUAGAGCAACAUUCAAGCCGGAACAGGAAAGAGAAUUGGCAGACCAUUGCAAAUCUCUCGACGAAUGUUUUUACGGGCUGUCAUUCAUGGAUUUGCGAAGAUCUGUAUUCCAGUAUGCCGAAGCCAACAACAUUCGUCACGGAUUCAAUCCUGAGUCAAAGUUAGCCGGGAAGGAAUGGGCACUAUCUUUCAUGCGACGACACAAUCUGUCACUCAGAACUCCGCAACAAACCAGCCUUGCUAGGAUGAUGGGUUUCAACCGGGUGCAGCUUGACAUAUUUUUCAAUAAUCUGAGCGAAGUUACCAUGAAGUAUCGGUUCAACACGGACCGUAUAUAUAACAUGGACGAGACUGGAAUGUCGACCGUACCGAACAAUGUUCCCAAGGUGGUGUCCGCGACAGGCAAGAAAGCGGUGGGCAAAAUAAGCUCGGCCGAGAGAGGAGAGUUGGUUACCGCUGUUUGUGCAAUGAGUGCACAGGGAAGUUAUGUGCCACCAGUGUUGAUUUUUAAAAGAAAACGCCAAAAACCAGAAUUGAUGAAUGGAGCGCCUCCCGGAUCGAAAAUGUUUAUUUCCGACUCUGGGUACAUAAACUCCGACCUGUUCCAUGAAUGGGUACAACACAAACGCCACAAAGGAGAAUCCCGUGUUAUUGAUUUUGGACAAUCAUAG